AUGGCCGAUACGGGUUGGACAUCAGGCCCCACCGCACGGAGGUCGACAACCGGUCUUGUCCCAUCCGGCGUUGACGAUGCUACCACCGUGAGGUCUCGGAGUAGGAGGGCACCCGCCAAUCGAGAUGCACCAACAACGUUAAACUUGACACCCGGUGAGAGUCCCACCACUAGUCGGGGUGCGAGUCCCAUGCCGUCAGCCCGCCUCGGUAAUAGCAAGUUUCUCUCGAGCGGACAAACGACUCCUUCGAAUGCCGCAUUUUCGCGCGGACUACUCGAGGGCUCAUGGGCACCAAGUUGGGCAUCAGUCCAGGACUUCGCAUCCUCUUUCUUGGAUGGCGGUUAUGCUAGCGAACCCUCGCGUCCUAAUAGCCGCAACGGAAACAAGGCACGACCGAAAUCAAUAUGGAAAGGGCUUGGGGGUGGCACUGCGAAAUCCGGAAAAUCGUCUAGCAGCUGGGGACCUGCUCCUCCCGAGGAAUCACGGCCGGGCGCCAGGGAUAUCGCGACAGGGUCGCUUGCUGAGCGUGAAGCACAACUGAAAGCUAGGAAGAGAGCUAGUGUGUUGGAGAGCUACGAGGGUGUCAAUGGCGGCUUAGAUGUAGCAGGAAGAUACAAGAGGAGGAACUCAGACGAGGCACCACGAAGCACAAUGGAUUCUGUUACAGAGGAGCAUUUGGUCUACUUGCACCAUGUAAAACCUACGGACACGUACGCGGGCAUCGUUCUUCGAUAUAGGUGUCAAGAACAUGCAUUCAAGAAGACAAACGGCUUAUGGUCUAGGGACAAUAUUCAAAUACGGAAACAUUUGAUGAUACCCGUCGACGCAUGCGAAUCCAAAGGCCGGCCUUGCGACCCCCCAUCUGAGUACUCCCGGGAAGUUAAUCAUCUGGCUACUACACCGGAGACUAGUGAUUUCACCCUCUCGUCGGUGUCUACUCCACAGCGACGACAAGCCUUACAUGAUAGUUACUUUGAAUCCAUCGGUGGAAAGUCAGCAGGGCAACCCACGGAGGAAGACGAGGAACCACCAUGGACCCAUGUACGAUGGGUCAAACUCGAUUCAGUUCAGGAACCUGUUGAAAUUGUCAGGAUCUCAAGGAAAUCAUUGGGUUAUUUCCCUCCUCGGCGAAAGAAGAGUAUCCACACAACUUCUACCUUCUCAACACCACGACACUCACUCGAUCUAUCUAAAGUAAUCACAAAUUCUUCUGAAGUUGUCGAUAGCCCAGGAAGAUUAUCAUCAAGACGGCAAAGUUCUCUUAGCGCCAGGCCAACACCCGCGAGCCUCGGGACUUCCUCCUCUGCUAGAAGCAGAGUCACUAGUUUAGGGGAAGGAGACGGUGUUCCGGCGUGGAUGCGGAGGCCGGGAGGAGUAGGAUCUAUGGGAAGGAGUGUGAAGGCGCCAGGCCCAGCGAAGGACUCCUUAAAUACGUGGGUCAAUAAACGAUUACCUGGCUUCAACAUAGAUUCGAUGCCGUCCAUGUCGGUAAUGGGGUCCGAGACGGCACAUUUUGGAUUUAAUAACACGGCGGAAGAGGCUGCGGGAAUCGUAGAGAGCCCAUUCGAGGAAGGCCGAAACGCGACAUCACCACCUAGGAAUGGGAUCGGCCUCGAACAAGCCGCUGCAUCUAUCGAAUCGUGGUUGCGCGGCGCGUGGGCGAGAAGACCGAGUACCCCGAGACUGGGCUCUAAUCGGAGACCUACCGAAGAUCUGGACCUAAUCGAGUUGACGGACACUAACAGUGACGAAGGCGGUACCCCGGGAAGAACGAUGGAGACUGGUCUGCUGAACCAGACUUUCGCCCUUUCCGGCUCGACGGCGAGAAGCGACGGAGCGGGCUCGAAAAUGCCGAUCUGCAUCGAGUGCCGGCACCCGGUUAAGACGCUAUGGACGCAGUACUCGGGCGCGGGCGACCCGUCGAGCGGCCACGGGAUCCGGCUCACCGUCUAUAGGCAUCUGCUGCACAAUACGCUUAUGCGCGAGAGGGAUCAGUUUGAUCCGUCUAUCAUACGCUUAGGAACUUUACUUCUACUAUUCGACGUUUAUCUCACAUGGGCGCGCAUCGAAAAGCAAGCCGCGCCUGACACGGGCUCCCCCGUGGCAGGGAGUAACCUAGGGACUCUAGCACGGCAGCCCAUUGUGUGCCAGUACUUAUUCUUCCUAAUCCUCUGCACCUUCUCCACCUUCGCCUUCCACAUGAGCAUCCGCUUCCUAACCUCCUCUCCGCUCUCGCCCUUGAACUUCCUCGGCCUCCUCCCAACGUAUGCGCGCCCGAAUUCGGUAUCAACGGCCCUCCUCGUCUCAUCCUCCACAAAACUGUUCCCCAUCCUCAUGGUCAUCUGGGAUUAUGACGUGCCGGCCGCGGCCCGUAGUUUGGGCUGGGCCGUCGUGGCCAACAAUGUGGAAGCGCUGAAGAUCCUUCUUGAUUGCGGGUAUGGCGUCGCGGUUAUAUUGGCGGCAGCUGGAGCGAUAGCGAGGUGGAUGGUAGGGAGGGCGGUGCUGUGGGUUGUUGGGCUGGAAGGAGUUGAUUCUGCGAGCGAGAGCGGGGUGGCAGCAGACGGUAGGGCGUUAUGGGCGGCGGUUGUUUAUGUUAGGGAGUGGGCGGGCAGGUUGGCUGUUGGGUGA